AGUCUGGCAGCGCCAGAGCUCGGAUUUCAAAGCCCUGGUUUCUGGCCGUGAAUGGGUCCUCGCCCGCCCGGCCUUUCCCACAGCCCCCUCCCGUGCUCCCUCCCCGCGGCCCUCCCUCUGCCGCGCCCACGUGACGCCCGAGCCUCGGCGGCUCGGAUUACCGCCGCCGCCGCUCCAGUGCCCGCGCCGAGGCUGCGCCGCGAACUGCCCGCGCCGCGCCCCCAGCCCCACCGAGCCAUGGCCCGCGCUGCCCGCCCACGGCCCGCAACCCCGGAGCGCGGCGCGGCCGGCCGCUGAGAGCGCGACCCCGAGGCGGGAGCCCCGGCGCGGCCUCGGAGCAGCGCCCGCGGCGGUCCGGCCCCUCCCCUGCACGGCUCCCCGCGCCCCUUGCGCGCCCUGCCGCGGCGCGCCCGGCCCCAGCAUGGAGACCGCGGAGAAGGAGUGUGGCGCCCUGGGAGGGCUCUUCCAGGCCAUCGUCAACGACAUGAAGAGCUCCUACCCCAUCUGGGAGGACUUCAACUCCAAGGCCGCGAAGCUCCACUCUCAGCUGAGGACCACCGUGCUGGCUGCUGUGGCCUUCCUCGAUGCCUUCCAGAAAGUAGCUGACAUGGCCACCAACACCCGAGGGGCCACGCGGGACAUUGGCUCAGCACUCACGCGCAUGUGCAUGCGCCACCGCAGCAUCGAGACCAAGCUGCGGCAGUUCACCAACGCGCUGCUGGAGAGUCUCAUCAAUCCACUGCAGGAGCGCAUCGAAGACUGGAAGAAGUCAGCCAACCAGCUGGACAAGGACCACGCGAAAGAGUAUAAACGAGCCAGGCAUGAAAUCAAAAAGAAGUCAUCUGACACACUGAAGCUGCAGAAGAAAGCUCGCAAAGGGAAAGGAGACCUGCAGCCCCAGCUGGACAGCGCGCUGCAAGACGUCAACGACAUGUACCUGCUCCUGGAAGAGACGGAGAAGCAGGCUGUGCGCCGGGCGCUGAUCGAGGAGCGGGGCCGCUUCUGCACAUUUAUCGCCUUCCUUCAGCCUGUGGUGAACGGUGAGCUGACCAUGCUGGGAGAGAUCACACACCUACAAGGCAUCAUUGACGACCUGGUGGUGCUGACUGCAGAUCCCCACAAACUGCCUCCCGCCAGCGAGCAGGUGAUCAAAGACCUGAAGGGCUCUGACUACAGCUGGUCGUACCAGACCCCACCCUCGUCACCCAGCAGCUCCAGCUCCCGCAAGUCCAGCAUGUGCAGUGCCCCCAGCAGCAGUGGCAGUGCCAAGGGUGGCGGAGCCCCAUGGCCUGGGGGUGCCCAAACAUACUCACCCAGUUCCACCUGUCGCUACCGCAGCCUGGCGCAGCCAGCCACCACCCGCCUCUCCAGUGUCUCCUCCCACGACUCUGGCUUUGUCUCCCAGGAUGCCACCUACUCCAAGCCCCCUUCGCCCAUGCCUUCAGACAUCACCAGCCAGAAGUCCUCCAGCUCUGCAUCUUCCGAGGCCUCGGAAACCUGCCAGUCGGUUAGCGAGUGCAGCUCCCCAACCUCGGACUGGACCAAGGCUGGUCCCCAUGAACAGCCCUCAGCCACCACCCUGCAGCGGAGGAAGGAUCGCGUGGAGCUCCUCCGAGACACUGAGCCAGGCCCGGCUGCCGGAGGCACUGUAGGCUCCUGUGUAGAGGAGGUACCGCGAAGCCGGAUGUCCCCUGCCACCAUAGCAGCCAAACACGGUGAGGAGGUGUCCCCUGCUGCCAGCGACCUGGCCAUGGUGCUGACCCGCGGGCUGAGCCUGGAACACCAGAAGAGCAGCCGGGACUCACUGCAGUACUCCAGUGGCUACAGCACACAGACCACCACCCCCUCCUGCUCCGAGGACACCAUCCCCUCCCAAGGCUCAGACUACGACUGCUACUCUGUGAACGGGGACGCAGACAGCGAAGGUCCCCCUGAAUUUGACAAGUCAUCCACCAUUCCUCGAAACAGCAACAUUGCCCAGAACUACCGCCGUCUGAUCCAGACCAAGCGCCCAGCCUCCACCGCGGGGCUGCCCACCGCGGGGCUGCCCACAGCCAUGGGGCUACCCUCAGGGGCACCUCCUGGUGUGGCCACCAUCCGCCGCACGCCCUCUACCAAGCCCACUGUGCGCCGUGCCCUGUCCAGUGCUGGCCCCAUCCCCAUCCGCCCGCCCAUCGUCCCCGUGAAGACACCCACGGUGCCCGACUCCCCUGGUUAUGUGGGGCCCACACGGGCAGGCAGUGAGGAGUGCGUCUUCUACACAGACGAAGUGGCCUCACCUCUGGCUCCAGACCUGGCCAAAGCCUCCCCAAAGAGGCUCAGCCUGCCUAACACGGCCUGGGGCAGCCCAUCCCCAGAGGCAGCUAGCUACAGCGGGGCUGCGGCCGGGCUGGGCACCGAGGACGAUGAGGAGCAGCAACUGGCUGCCAACAGGCACAGCCUGGUAGAAAAGCUCGGGGAGCUGGUGGCCGGUGCCCAUGCCCUGGGUGAGGGCCAGUUCCCCUUCCCUACUGCCCUGUCAGCCACCCCUUCGGAGGAGACACCCACUCCACCCCCUGCUGCCACCAGUGACCCCCCAGCCGAAGACAUGCUGGUGGCCAUUCGACGCGGGGUCCGGCUGCGCAGGACCGUCACCAACGACAGGUCGGCGCCCCGCAUCUUAUGAUGGUGCCACCCACCCCUCCCCGUCUGGGCCUGGCACAAGCAGGUGGCCUGAUCUGUGAGCAGCCGCCAGCCACUCUGAGCGGUGGCACGGCCGGAAGACGGAAAGCGCCAGGAAUGAGGCACAGCCACUUUACAGAAAGAGACAUCCAGGCUGGAUCUCAGCAUCUCGCGGGAAGUGACUUCCCGGGUUACACGCCUCGCCAGGACAGAGCCUGUUUUAUACUUUCCUUACCUACUCAACCCUCUUCCUUCCUGCAGGUCCUGCUUCAUCCAAAUCCCAGAGCCCAUAACCAAGGGCUGGGCCUGCUACAUGGGCCCUACCUGGCCUGGGGUCCGCAACUCUCUUCCUCUGGCCCGGCUGCCCUCCAGGGCCGUAUGCCCAGCUCUUUCCUUGAAUGCUGGCUCCUUCUUCUCCUUGCCUGGGCCUGUCCGUUUCCUCUUGCCUUUGCCCUGCUUCUCCCAGACCUCCUCUCUUUGGGGGGACAGGGUGGUCAUGGAGGGGGGCCAGGCACCCAAUCAGCUGAGGACCUUUUUGUGACUGGGUUUAGGGACAGUCAGGCAUUAGGAAGCCAGGCUCGCUCAUGGGAAAGAGACCCUGGAGGGAGGGAACACUGGGGCCUUGUCUCAGGGGACCCUCCAGUUCCCCUCCCCCUGUGAAGAGCAGCUAGUGGAGAUGAGGCAGGGCAGACAGGGACUGAGUCCAGAGGCCCAUACCAGGUGUUUCUUGUCCUGUUCUUGUCUAGACAUUUCGAAGCUUUGACUCUAGGCACCUUGGGGUGACAAUUUCACCCAUUGCUGGAGAUAAGGACCGGAGCAUUAGGUGGUAUGGGGGGGGGGGGUUGUUUUAUGACUGUAAUAAAUGGAGCUGACCCUAGACAAGAAUUGUGUGGGGAAGGUUGGUGAUACAGGGUGUGGGUCUGAGUGCCUGAGAGAAGUGUGGGAGCCCCACGCGGGCUUGUGGCCAGAGAAGGAAGGGUAGAAUCAACUCUCCCCAAACCAGGGGAAGCUACUCUUCCUGCCAGUGUCUGAAGUGUGGGUAGAAUAAAGGCUGGAGAGAGUAGGCCAGGGUCUCUGGUGAGUCUGUGGUGGUCUGAGCGAGCUGCAGGCCCAGCCGGGAGCAAGUCUUAGAAGGUUGGUUUUGACUUUCUGUUGCCAGAGGCAACACCACCCCAAGAAAGUCUAUGCCAGCUGGGGCUGGCAGCAGGGGCCAGAGGAAGAGUGGGUCCUGCUUCCACUGUGCAGCCCAAGUCUGAGCAAGUCAAAGCACGUAAGUGUAGGCCAGAGGAGAGAUUCAGGAGAGAGAGCAGGCAGCAGACUCCAAGGUAGUGUUCUGCCCGACCCCACAGGGAGUCCAGAGAGCAUACCUUGGUGCUGCUGGAAUGGAGCUGGGGCUGACCUGGGCCCAAGGUCGUGGGUACUCGAGUGCAGGGCUGUCCAGUAGGUCUGGUGAAGCCCAGUAGGGCUUCCUGUGUGUGGACGGAGUUGCCACAGGGCUCCCUGAGGCUGCUAGAGAGUUAUCUCCAGGGUCUGAGACCUGGCCCGCCAAACUCAGUUGUCACCAGAGCCCCAAGAAUAGAGUUCAGGAAAGCCGAUGGCCAGGGCGAGCCCGAGGCACACUUCAGCUGCACCUUCCGCCACAGGGCGCCAGGGCUGAUAGAAAGGGAUGCAGAUGUCCAGUGCGCAGAUGUGAUCCCUACACCCGGGGCGUGGCUGGGUCCUAGAGUAGGGGUCCAAGAGGAUGGGCUCACUGCCAUCUGGGGACUCCAGGUCCUGAUGGGAAGGGAGGCCGGGGACUGACCAGGAAGAGGAUGGAGUGGCAUGCCCACCUCACUUUUAGCCUUCCCCUCCCCCCCCAGGGCUGUACAUACUCCAUCCCCCGUCUGACCCACAAGUAUCCUCCUCCACCGCCACUUCCUCUAGUGCUCACCUCUCAUAGGCCCGCCCUCGGGAUCCGAACCAACCAUCCCGCAUCACAGACUGGUUUGGGGACUUCUUCACGUACAUUUUAUUAUUUUUUUUCAUUUGUACAGCAAAACAUUCUUUUCAAAUGUGUCUUUUUGACUGAAGUAACUUUUCUGGUGCUGUUAACUUGUCUUUUUUUUUUUUUUUUAAUUUAUUUUGCCGCCCCUCCUGGUUCCUACUCACCCACCCCACCCCCACCCCACCCCAUCACUUUUAUUCUGUUCUUUCUGCCAAGUUUGGGAAAAAUUCUCCCUCCCACCCUGGUUUCCAUCCUCUCCUUGAUUUAAAUAGUCACUGCUACAAAGUAACAAAUGCACUGUGAAGAUUCCAGUAUUAAUAAAGUGGUACUGUAGUUAACA